AUGGCGUACCUGAUAUCUCAGGGUCAAUGUCCCCUCCCCUCUUUGCUGGUGUCCAUCACCAAGACGGUCACCAGCAGUGAAAUACAUCACCGCGCAUGCAUGAUGAUGUCACACCAUAAACCUGAAAAGAGGCUUGUGUACUUUUUCGGGCUUCAAACGAGAGGUGGCUCAGGUGAGACCGCAGUGAUAGUAGCGCUUGCCGUGGUUGGAGUGAGCAUUUUGUUUUUCGUGCUUAAAUCACUGGGGACAAAAGCAAAGAAGACACCCAUCACCCUCCUGGAUCCGAACACAAAAUACCCUCUGCCUCUUAUUGAAAAGCAGGAAAUUAGUCAUGACACCAAGAAAUUCCGAUUUGGACUUCCAUCACAGGAGCACAUUUUGGGACUUCCUAUAGGUAAAGAUAAAAUGUACUCUACAUAUUAGGAGAAAACAACUUCAGUGUACUUGCCACAGUCCAUAUCCAUAUUCAGUAGUCACGUUGAUCUGGUUGUAAAGGUUUAUUACAAAAAGGUGAACCCCAAAUUCCCAGAUGGAGGAAAAAUGUCCCAGUACUUGGACAGCUUGAAAAUAGGGGACACUAUUGACUUUCGGGGCCCUAAUGGUCUUUUAGUCUACAAAGGAAAAGGUAAAUUUUCCAUCCGACCAGAUAAAAAGUCUGAACCUCAAAUAAAGACCACAAAACACAUUGGGAUGCUGGCUGGGGGAACCGGUAUUACUCCAAUGCUGCAGCUGAUCCGUCACAUUACUCAGGAUCCCAACGAUGACACAAAAUGUUAUCUCAUCUUUGCUAAUCAGACUGAAGAUGACAUUCUGGUUCGUGCUGAACUGGAGGCUGCAGCCAAGAGCCACCCGAAUCAGUUUAAGCUGUGGUACACUCUGGACCGGCCCUCUCAAGGGUGGAAGCACGGCUCCGGUUUUGUCACGGCAGAUAUGAUUAAGAAGCACUUGCCUCCUCCUUCUGAUAACCCGCUGGUGGUGAUGUGUGGCCCUCCUCCCAUGAUCCAGUUUGCAUGUCAGGACAACCUGACCAAGCUUGGCUACCCUGAGGACAGAAGGUUCGCCUACUAAAAACUGAACA